AUAAUGGAAAAACAAAAUUGGAAGCUUUGACGUUCUUGCACACACGAGAAAACGAUCAAAAUGAUUAACAAGUGACGAGGUUCGAUGGUGCCAUUUGACAAUGAGUCGUGCUACUUUUAUAUGCAUUGUGUAUAUACACUUUUUACGUAAAGGUACGACCGUUUAAAAUCUUGAUAGUUGAGACUCAGGAGAGAAUGAAGACAAAGGUUCGUAAAUUUUCGAGUAUAGUGAUAGGUUCUUUUUCGGUCAGAUGAUACACCAACUUACCUCCUCCCUCUUCUUAAACGUGUUGCUGUUCGUGGUUGUUCCAAGUGUCUUGCUCAAAUGUGAAUGUGAAUAAGUACUCUAAUAUUGCAUCUUUGAAAGAGGUGAGGCUAGAUGGGUCUGAAAAUUUUGAACUCAUAGAGAAUUCAUCUCCCAUACAAUGAAAAAUUGGCCCCUUAGCAGCUAGGUCAUUUUCCGCCAAGUUUCAGCAUGGUGAGAAGGGAGCAAGCUACAUUUGAAAUAUCCUCCAAUGAGGAUCCGAUUUGAUCACAGAUCCUUUCUGAUGACACCACUGUAGAUGAUAAUGGAUCGAGAAAUACAAUUUCGUAUCGGCCUUCUUGAUUAUGCUGUGCGGAUGUAACAGUUGGCUUUUCCUAUGAAGUUAAUUGUGAUUUAAUCAACAAAACGUAUAUGUCAACAGAUCUUGUAUUAGCUGUUUGCACCCCCUGUUUUACAAUUCUCCGCAAAAUAUUUCCCUUGUUUAACCAAAUAAAUAAUUCUAGUUAUGAUUCAGAGGACGUUUCAAAGCAUAUGUUUGAUUUCCCUGUGGUCGUCUCAGACGUUUAGUAUUAUUUUUGCCAAAAAGACACAGAAAAAAAUGACCCUAUUAUCAGAGAAACCAGAACUCCGCAGUGAAUUCUCUAAAUUUGCUCCUGACCAUCGAUUUGAGAUCAAACAUGGCAAUAAUGGAUUAAAAUUUUCGAACAACUUUGCGUUUGACAGCAACAUUAAAAUACCAAAUGUUCCUAGGAAAACUGAAAAUCCAUCACUCAUACCGCCAGACGUAUGGUCCAGCAUAGUAUCCUCGCGAGAUGAUUUAAGAAAAGAUGUCAUAACCUUGCCUGAAGAACACCCUUAUGAGCCGUGGCACUUGCUGCAGGAGGAGCCUGAAGCGCCGCGGAAAUCACGCCGUCAAAGAGCUCGAGAGCGGGAUGGGUUCCGACGAUACCCACCACCGCGAACGAAGGACUCGGGACGACGCAGAAAACCAAGACCUGGAAAACGAGCACGGCAGCGUGGAGAAUUUGGGAACGAUGACUUGCGACGAUCUCGGAACCAGAAGGAGGUACCACGGGGGCCUUGGGAACGUGGAAGGGAUGGACGAGGAUCACGAAGCCGAGAAGACGAUCCACGGCGAUCGUGGAGCCAGAGGGACGAACCACGGCAACCAUGGAGCAGAAGAGAUGAACCACGGCAACCAUGGAGUCGGAGGGAUGAACCACAGCAACCGUGGGACCGCAGGGAUGAACCACGGCAACCAUGGAGCCAGAGAGACGAAUCACGACGACCAUGGAGCAGUAGAGAUGAACCACGGCAACCAUGGAGCAGGAGGGACGAACCACGGCAACCAUGGAACCGGAGGGACGAACCACGGCAACCAUGGAGCGGGAGGGAUGAACCACAACGACCGUGGGACUACAGGGAUGAACCACAACGACCGUGGGACCACAGGGAUGAACCACAACGACCGUGGGACCACAGGGAUGAACCACAACGACCGUGGGACCACAGGGACGAACCACAACGAGUGCCGGGUCGAACGGGACAAGCACAACGAUCAUGGGGCCGACGAGAAGAACCACGGCAACCAUGGAGCAGUGAAGAUGAACCACAGCGACCGAGGAGCCAGAGGAAUAGACCAGAGCGGCCAUGGGACCGGGGGAACGAAGAACAACGAUCAUGGGACCGCAGGAGAUACGUACAACGACCAUGGGAUCAAAAAGACAUUAAGAGAGCACGAAAACUGGCGAAGAGGAGAAUCAGAAAUGGGUUGCGACAAAGAUUGGCUCAGGAGAGGAGAGCAGAGAAACUGAAGAAGGAGGGGGUUAGCGAGGCAAGCCCUUCGCGGAAAAGCGAGGGCCAGGAACCCAAGUCCACGCUGGCGUGGAGGACCACGAACCGAGAGACGCGGGUGGAGAGGAAGACGACGCGGGUGGAGAGGUUGACGACGCGGGUGGAGAGGGCGACGACGCGGGUGGAGAGGGCGACGACGCGGGUGGAGAGGCCGACGACGACGCAGUAUCCACGAACCCGUAAAUAUGACAUAUCACAGCGGCCGAUUGAAUGGCGGGAACAAGGACCGUGGACACCGGAGGCAUGGACGCGCAACACUUGGCCCUGGGGUGGCUGGACGAAAAAACCAAAACGUACCAUCAUGACGCGCGCCUCUACACCUCAUCCGAAUACGGCCGCGUCCCAGCCCUGAAUCACCAUUCUUCCCCUAGGUAUACUGAAGAUUGGGAUUAAUGUCUCGACUUUAAAAGAGUUGAGAUCGGAAAUUGUAUCCGCGAAAGAUUGCGUAGUCGCAUCGCAACGUGAGCAGAAAACAUUAUGAACGCCUUCAUUUUUGCGCCUGCAACACGCAUGGCUACUGAGCAGGUUUAGUUGCAGCAAGGCGUUUCGAUUAUUUCGAUCAACAAUGAUGGCGUUUCACGCCUGCUGGCUGAUAGUAAGAUAAAUAUAAUAGCUACCAAUAAAUCAUUAGAUGUCAUUACAUCGUUA